AUGUCAAUAAAGAGAGGAUUGUUCUGGUCUCUUCAGCAGGUGACAUCGAAAGGUGCUGGCUUAAACCCUAACGCUAAAGUGUGGCAAGAAGUGCCCCAGGGGGGUGGUGAGGCUGUGCCCCCCACAAAUGGCACAGAGCACUCGUGGCAGGACACGGCGGCUGCAACAGGGGCUCCCACCGACGGUACCAUAGAGAUUUCAGAGGACAGCUGCAAGCAGUAUGAGGUCAUGUAUUCCCCGACUUGUGAAGCCACCAGGAAUGGCACAGGAGUUGAUGAGGCAUCUGCAAAUGGGAUUGUCCUGGCAACUGAAGAUCUUGGAUACCAAAUCUAUGAAGUGUCUGGUGAAGGCAGCUCCACUGUGUCCACAGAAGACAUUAGAGAAUGUUUGAAAAAACAGCUUGAAUUCUGCUUCUCACGUGAGAAUCUUUCGAAGGAUCUCUACUUGAUGUCUCAAAUGGACAGUGAUCAGUUUGUUCCAAUAUGGACAAUUGCCAACAUGGAAGGCAUCAAGAAGCUGACAACCGAUAUGGACCUUAUUCUGGAAGUCUUGAGAUCUUCUCCCAUGGUACAAGUGGAUGAGAGGGGGGAGAAGGUCAGACCGAACCACAAGCGCUGCAUCAUCAUCCUGCGUGAGAUCCCUGAAACAACCCCCAUAGAGGAGGUGAAGGCUCUGUUCAAAAAUGAGAACUGCCCCAAAGUGAUAAGCUGUGAGUUUGCUCACAACAACAACUGGUACGUCACAUUCCAGUCGGACACGGAUGCGCAGCAGGCAUUUAAAUACUUAAGGGAAGAAGUGAAAACCUUUCAGGGCAAGCCAGUAAUGGCCAGGAUAAAAGCCAUCAACACAUUUUUUGCUAAGAAUGGUUACCGGGUAGUGGAUUCCAGUGUCUACCCUCAGCCAGUCCAAACCCAAGCCCAGUUUGCCUCCCCACUCUUCAUGCAGCCUGUCUACAGCCCCCAGCAGUACUCCAUCUACAGCAUCGUGCCUCAGACCUGGUCUCCAAAUCCUGCACCUUACUUUGAAACACCACUGGCCCCCUUUCCUAAUGGUGGAUUUGUGAAUGGCUUUAACACACCAGGAUCAUAUAAAACAAAUGCUGCUUCUUUGAGUAUAGGUCGCCCAUUCCAUAGGAAUCGCGUGAAGCCGCAUUUCCGCUCGCCCAGCAGCUCGGAACACGCUGCCGAGGGUCCCGCUGCCGCCAGCCCCCUGCCCCUGGGGGAGGGACCACUGAGCAGAACCAGCUCCAGGAGCUUCGUCAUGGAGCGGCACAACAGCACGUUACCGGGGCACCAAGACCAAGGCUAUUCCCAGAAGGAUUCUCCCACGGCACAGAUGGAGCAGAAUGGAGAUUAUGGCAUUGGCAGGGGCAGGAGGAACGUUUUCAGAGGUCGGAGGAGACGAGAAGACGACCGAGUUUCAAGACCUCAACCUUCAGCAGAAACAAAGACUCAGACACCAAAGUUUGACUUGCUAGCAUCAAAUUUCCCACCUUUGCCUGGCAGCACAGCAAAAAUACCAGGAGAGUCGGUGCUGGAGAGCAGGAUGUCAGAUAUUGUCAAAGGAGUCUGCAAAGAAAAGGAAAGCAAAGAUUUGCUGCCCAGCUGUCCAGCUCCUGCUCAGGAAGAACAGCCACCCAGCACUGUCCAACAGCCUGUGACAAGUGUGAGUUCACCAACCCAGACUGAAGCUGUGGUGUUAAGCACAGUUCAGCCAGACAGCAAAACAGAAGAAGUGUCUGCUCAGAAGGAUGUUCCCAGCCACGCUUCCCCACCGGUGUCCGUCUCUCCUGUCAGUGCUGCAAAGCCUCCAAGGACAAACACUGCUUCUCCCACUGCGAGUGCAAGUGCAGCUUCUGCCUUGUCAGUAGUGCAGCCACGCAAGCUGAGUUAUGCUGAAGUUUGCCAGAAGCCCCCAAAGGAGCCUCCUCCUGUUCCUGUCCAGCCUCUUCGGGAACAUCGCACCAACAUCGUUCCCCCUGCCAAAAAUGAAGAAAGCAGCACACCUGAGAAGGCUCAGGAGAAGGUUGAAGGUCGAAUGAAGGAUUAUUCUGGGUUCCGAGGCAACGGGCCUCCCAGGGGAGCUGCUGAAAAUCAGGGAACAGAGGCGCCAGUUUGGACGCAGAUCAUCGCCUCAGGGAGCACCGCGACGGAUCGGCAAGGAGCAGUACGUGCCACCCCGGUCACCAAAGUAACACUUGUCCAGCCAAUUAUUCUCUUAUUUAAUUUGAGCUGUGGACUGAUUGAGCAGCAAAGGAGACUGUGA